AAAAGAAAAAUGUGGAAAUAGGAGCCCGUUCGUAAUUGGUUCAAGUUUUAGUUGACUUCGAGAUCUCAAAAAAUCCACCAGCCAUGUCCCCUGGCCACUUAAUCCUGCUGCAGUUCAGCAUGCACUGUUUCAAGAUCAUUUUCAUCUAUUGCAUCUGUGUUAAUGUCCUGGAGCAUCUUGUUCAAAGCGUCCAGGAACACUGAACGGGAUAAUGCUGGGGGCCAGAAUACGGAAUCAAUAAAAAACGGCAUCUAUUUC